AUGGAUGAGACGUACAAGCUAAGGACUGAUUGGUAUCAUCAUGGGGAAGUAAACUGUGGGUCUGACGAAGCAAGGAAAGUGAUAAGAGAGUGGAACGAGGAGAUUGUAGGGUUGUAUCAAGCUGUCGAAUACUUGGAUGAAGAGUUAGCUAACAAGACGGACUUAUGCGAUGUUGCUGAAGGUUUAGACAAGAGAGAAGACGAGUUUCUAGCUAAACUUGCUGAUGCCGAAACGCCAUUGUAUCCAAGUUGUGCCAGCCAUAGCAAGCUAUCAGCAAUUGUAUCGUUGUUUAGGCUGAAGACUCAGAAUGGGUGGUCGGACAAGAGCUUCAACGAGCUGUUAGAGACACUGCCGAGUAUGUUGCCGGAGGAUAAUGUGCUUCACACCUCGUUGUAUGACGUGAAGAAGUUCCUCAAGUCUUUCCAUAUGGGGUACGAGAAGAUCCAUGCCUGUGUUAAUGAUUGUUGUCUUUUCAGAAAGGGGUUGAAGAAGUUAGACAACUGUCCCAAGUGCAAGACAUCAAGAUGGAAGACUAACUUCCAAACCGGUGAACUUAAAAAAGGUGUCCCUCAGAAAGUUUUGAGGUACUUUCUCAUCAUUCCGAGGCUGAAGAGGAUGUUUAGGUCAGAGCAAACUGCUAAGGAGCUACGGUGGCAUUUUACUAACAAAAGUAAUGAUGGAAAGCUGUGUCAUCCCGUAGACUCCGUAACAUGGGACCAGAUGAAUUCCAAGUACCCGUUGUUUGCCGCAGAAUCAAGGAACAUUCGGCUAGGUCUAUCUACCAACGGUUUCAAUCCAUUCAGCAUGAAAAAUACAAGGUAUUCUUGUUGGCCUGUAUUGUUGGUGAAUUAUAAUAUGGCUCCAGACUUGUGUAUGAAGAAGGAGAAUAUCAUGCUUUCCUUGUUGAUUCCUGGACCGUAUCAACCUGGCAACAGUAUAGAUGUGUACUUGGAGCCACUGAUCGAUGACCUCCAACGAUUGUGGGACAUUGGAGAGCAAACGUAUGAUGCAUUCAGUAAAACCACAUUCACAAUGAAGGCAAUGCUAUUGUGGACUAUUAGUGACUUACCUGCAUAUGGAAAUCUGGCUGCCUUCAGAGUAAAAGGUAAGAUGGGAUGUCCAUUAUGUGGAAAGCAUACUGAUAGUUUAUGGUUACCUAAUAGCAGGAAGCAUGUUUACAUGUGUCAUAGAAAGGGAUUAUCACCCACGCAUAGUUACCAUGGGAAGAAGGCAUGGUUCGAUGGAAAAGUUGAAUAUGGAAGGAAGGGUAGGAUUCUAAUGGGUCAUAACAUAUCUGUGUUGCUGAAGAAUUACAAAAACGAGUUUGGAAAUGUUAGACAAGCUGGAAGGAAAAGAAAAAGGGUUAUUCCUGCAGAGUCAUUAGCUGAUAGUGAAGACGAAGAAUCUGAAUCAGAGGAGGAAGAGGAAGUAGAUGAAGAAGAAUUAUCUAGAUGGAAGAAACGAUCUAUCUUUUUCAAUCUUCCUUACUGGGAGCGAGCAUCAUUUCCACCUUGCUGCAUUGUGGAAAUUCAAAAGACGGUCUUAAUGCUCGUAAAGAUCUACAAGUCCUUGGUAUUAGGAAAGAGUUGUAUCCUAAAGCCAGAGGCAAACGAACUUACUUACCUGCAGCACCGUGGACUUUGUCAAAAGAAGAGAAGAGACUAUUCUGCAAGCGUCUACAUGAGUUCAAAGAACCGGAUGGUUAUUGCUCCAAUAUAUCCAGUUGCACUUAGAGGUCUUUUACCGAAAGGGCCUAGAAUAGCCAUUACACGAUUAUGUGCAUUCUUCAACAAUCUAUGUCAAUGUGUUGUUGAUAGGGAGAAAAUAUCAGGAAUGGAAAACGAAGUCGUUGAGACUAUUUGUAUGUUUGAGAGAUUUUUCCCACCUAGUUUCUUUGAUAUAAUGGUUCACUUGUGUAUACAUCUUGGGAGGGAAGCUAAAUUAGGUGGACCUGUGCACUUUCGAUGGAUGUAUCCUUUCGAGAGACACAUGAAACUGUUGAAAGACUACGUCAGGAAUCCUGCAAGACCGGAAUGA